AUGCAGACCUACACCAUCCGGGCAGUGCCGGCCAACACCAAUGACAGCGUCUACUGCUCAGUGCUGGGCUCCCACGCGGUGCACGUGGCCCUGGCCGGGUACACCGGCGUGGUGGUGGGCAAAGUGGACGAGCGCUUUGUCAUGCUGCCCAACCACGCCAUCACCAAGGCCCCCAAGAGGCGCGUGGAGUUGAAGAGCUCCGUCUUCGAGCGCAUGUUGGCCACCACCGGCCAGCCCAACCUGGCGCCUGGGCCGGGCGACGACUGGGCACUGCUGCCUCCUCCACCGCCUGCGAAGCCUGAGAUCCCGCUGCCCACGCCGCCGGAGAUGCUAAGCUUCGCAGCUUGGAAUGGCCUCAAUGUCGAGGAGGAGUCGGCGGACGCCGAGGGCCCGAUGAGGGACGUGGCGCUGAAGACCUUCAACGGCUUUGGGGAGAUGACGGAGCAGCGGGCGCUGCAGCGCUCAGACUUGUUGCAGGACAAGGGCCAGGUCCGGAAGUUGGAGGUCAUGCGGCUGAGCGACAACUACCCCGCCGCGGAGGUGGCGUCGCCUCUGUGUCCGUCCGCGGGCUUCCUGGACAACGAGUCCUGGACUGCAAGGGCCUUACACCUCGGGGGCACCCCGAGUUAG